AUGGCCACCACCGCGCAGUACCUGCCGCGGGGCCCCGGCGGCGGAGCCGGGGGCACGGGACCGCUUAUGCACCCGGACGCCGCGGCGGCAGCGGCGGCGGCGGCGGCCGCCGAGCGGCUGCACGCGGGGGCCGCGUACCGCGAAGUGCAGAAGCUGAUGCACCACGAGUGGCUGGGCGCGGGCGCGGGCCACCCCGUGGGCCUAGCGCACCCCCAGUGGCUACCCACGGGAGGAGGAGGCGGCGGCGACUGGGCCGGGGGCCCGCACCUGGAACACGGCAAGGCGGGCGGCGGCGGUACCGGCCGAGCCGACGACGGCGGCGGCGGAGGAGGAGGUUUCCACGCGCGCCUGGUGCACCAGGGAGCGGCCCACGCGGGCGCUGCAUGGGCGCAGGGCGGCACGGCGCACCACUUGGGCCCAGCCAUGUCGCCGUCCCCAGGGGCCGGCGGGGGCCACCAGCCCCAGCCGCUCGGGCUGUACGCGCAGGCGGCCUACCCGGGGGGCGGCGGCGGCGGCCUGGCCGGGAUGCUGGCGGCGGGCGGCGGCGGUGCGGGGCCCGGCCUGCACCACGCGCUGCACGAGGACGGCCACGAGGCGCAGCUGGAGCCGUCGCCUCCGCCGCACCUGGGCGCCCACGGACACGCACACGGACAUGCACACGCGGGCGGCCUGCACGCGGCGGCGGCGCACCUGCACCCAGGCGCGGGCGGCGGUGGCUCGUCGGUGGGCGAGCACUCGGACGAGGACGCGCCCAGCUCGGACGACCUGGAGCAGUUCGCCAAGCAGUUCAAGCAGCGGCGCAUCAAGCUGGGCUUCACGCAGGCCGACGUGGGGCUGGCGCUGGGCACGCUGUACGGUAACGUGUUCUCCCAGACCACCAUCUGCCGCUUCGAGGCCCUGCAGCUGAGCUUCAAGAACAUGUGCAAGCUCAAGCCGCUGCUCAACAAGUGGCUGGAGGAGACCGACUCGUCCAGCGGCAGCCCCACCAACCUGGACAAGAUCGCGGCGCAGGGCCGCAAGCGCAAGAAGCGCACGUCCAUCGAGGUGGGGGUCAAAGGCGCGCUCGAGAGCCACUUUCUCAAGUGCCCCAAGCCCUCGGCGCACGAGAUCACCGGCCUGGCCGACAGUCUGCAGCUGGAGAAGGAGGUGGUGCGCGUCUGGUUCUGCAACCGGCGGCAGAAGGAGAAGCGCAUGACCCCGGCGGCGGGCGCCGGCCACCCGCCCAUGGACGACGUUUACGCACCCGGCGAGCUGGGGCCGGGCGGGGGCGGUGCGUCGCCGCCCUCGGCGCCCCCGCCACCCCCGCCGGCCGCGCUGCACCACCACCACCACCACACACUGCCCGGCUCGGUGCAGUGACCCCGCGGGCCGGGCCCCCGCCGGCGCGCGGCGACGCGCCGCGCGGCCUGAACUCUUUUUGUUCGGUUGCUUUGGAUUUUACAAAAAGCCCAGAAACUUUCGAACAAAACCAAACACCCGGACGACCCUCUCUGGCGAGCGGCUGCGUCGCCCGAGCCCCGGGAGAGAGGGGCGAAGAUCCGGAACGCGCCAACUCACCCCGGGCAUCCUGCCCGCCGCCUGCUCCCUGCCCCCAUCCCCUCGACGACCCCCCGCCCUUGCCCCCCCCCGGGCUGUUCGGGGCCGGAUCCCGGCAGCGGCCUCCCCACAGCGACAGCUGCGAUUCGGUUCCCGGCCACGCGGGAGGGGUCUGCGCCCCCACACACAGCCCCCGGGAAGAGGCUUCUGCCCCGCCGCAGACUGACCGCUGCACAGCUGGGGCCCCGGCUCCCCGCGGGGCCCUGCCCUCCUGGCCACCGACAAACGAAACUUGAAAAAGUUGGAGAUAUUUUUUAACCAGCUGUAGAAAUAAGCCGUCCCCUGAGAACCUUCUGCCUGAUUCCCUGCAGCUUCCGCCUGCUCCCUUUCCAGCCCCACCUGGGAUGCGGGAUGCUGGGGCGGCCAGGAGAGAAAUUCCCCAAGUUUGGGGUGAGGUGGGAACCAUGUAAAUAUGUGAGAUAUGUACACACAUUUUGUGCUUGGUUUUUAUUUUUGGUUUUUCCGGGCUGCCCUCCAUCCCCAUCCGAGAGGAUUUUGUACACCGAAUAAUCCGAAAAAAAAAAAUAUUUUAAUAUGAUUUCCAGAUUUCUGACCCAUCUCUAUUUAUUUUCUGGAUGUGUUCGGAGCUUCCCCCUUCUCCAUUUCUUGUUCUGUUUGUUACAGUUUGGAUUUAAAUUUUGUCAUUUUAUUUUUAUUAUUUUUCGGAACAAUGUUUUGGUGCAUUCUUUGUAUCUUUAUUGCAAAAAAAAAAAUAAUGUAGACUGGGAAGUUCCCUUUAUAUUUAUGUUAUAGUAAA